UAUAGUAUAUUUUUGUUGGUGCAACAUUGGCAAUUUGUGGAAAUUUACUGAUAAGCAUUUCUAUGAAUGUACAGGUAUGUAACUUUUCUUUAUUUGUUCAUAGAACUAGUAGCUUCUAAUUAGUGGCUUUUGAGAAGAUUGCAUUAAAAAGACAAUCCUCAAAUCACGCAACAAAGAGGACUUGGAAAUUGGGUUAAAAGUUGGAAAAUGUAUGGCUAUAAAUGGGAUAUAACAUGCAAAUUGAUUGACUAAUGCGCGUGCAUUAUUUAAGAAUUAUAUAUAAAUAACGUUAAGAAUUCAAGCGCUUUCGUUGGUCAAGAGCUAUGAUCUAUUAGAGGACAGACGCACGGAAUUACGUCACCAUCAAGGUAGCCAAUAGCAUUCCCUUACUUAUAUAGGUCAUGUACGUGUGAUAUUUGUAAAAUUUUGACUUUUUCAAAUUUCCAAAUGUUUGGAUGGAUAAAACGUAAGCUAUUUACCUGUAUGACGUCACACUGUGUAUCUAUAACUGAACAGACAACCGCAAAAUCUUAUCUAUUUGUUAAAUAGAAAAUGAGUGGCGUGAGUUUAUGGCAUAUACUGAUAAGGCACAAGGGCAAUGUUGGGGGAAGCAUGUAAAACACAUGGCUAUACGCUUUGUGUUUAUGCGCUCCUUUCGUAUUUUCCCAACAUUCCCUUCGUGCAUUAUCACACCGUAAACGCACACUGCUCGUUUUCUGUUUCUUAAAUUACCUAAAUUGUUGAUUUCCGCCGGAAACUAGAAACCCAACUCAUUUUCCCUGUCAAUCUAGGAUGUAUGUCAUCAUACUGGCGUACAACCUGGGCAUUAGCCUUCUCAAACCAGUUAGAUGCAACCUAAUUAAUAUGAACAGUUGUAAGAUAUACAUCAUAUAAAGGAAGGGACUGUAUAAUUUUGAGAAACAAAAAUGGGAUGCGUUCUGAAUUAAUGACGAUGAUCUUGCCCUGCCUCAUUGUAAUGAAGUCCAGGGUCUUAGCUAGAAGGAUGUGUGGGCCAUGUUAGCGCGUAUAUAAAGCCAUGUGGGUUCAUAAAAAAGAAUCUUGCUACAUACAACAGACAGAAUUUGCGGAUAAAAUCUAAUUUGUGGAAAUCUGUGAUUUUUUAUGUAAGCUAGUUUAUAUAUGUAGUAGCAACCAUAUUGGUGUCAAAUACAGCUUUAAACGCCCCAAGAGUCUCUAUAAUAACUCAUUGUAAUGUCAGUGUGAAAUUUAAGCACAUAUGUUGGUCUUGUGUUGUUGUAUCACAUAUAUAGAACAACCACAGGCUUAAUCUAUUGUUGGCAAACACAAUUGGAACCAUGCAUUUGGCUAUUCUGGUACACGCCCUGAAAUUUAGAAACACUCUUAAAAUCUUAAAUCAUAUAGCUAAGACCCUGUACUGAUUAUCACAUUUGCGUGAACCAAAUGUAUGUCAUAUUGUUAGAAAUAUUCACACAAUCAGAUUUCAAUGAGUGAAGAUGCUGAUGGUAAAGGUUACUUAAAGAGCAAAGUAUGGUGGUAAGUUCAAUAGAAAUGUAGCAUUCUAAACUAUACUCACGAGCAAAUUAAGGCUUCAGUGGAGGGUGUGUUAUUUUAUAAACGAGGCCGCGAGUAGAUUCAAAAUUGAGUUUGAAAGACGAGUACAAUUUGAGGUAUUGCUAUAUAUUAAUUAUAAUGAUUAUUAGAUGAAGACAGUAUCUUUCCUUAGACUGUCUUUUAUAGAAAACUUGACUGAAACGUUAAACAUUUUGUCCCACUGAAAAGUGGUUUGUUUGCUAAUUAAAAAAAUUAAAACUACGUUUUACAUUGACUUGGUCUUGGAACUGUUUUAUACAAUUAAUGGAAAUAUUCUUAGAUAACUUUCCGAUGUUAUGGUAUAACAGUACUCUUAGAUACCUAGUUUAUGGAAUUUGGUGAUGUCAUAGUCUUUGAGGGCUAUGAUUCUUCUCUACUGGAUUUUGUGUCAUUGUGUGGGACGAUCUAUUGAAAGAACAUUAGAGCUUAGAGAUGCUAUAUGGGGAUUUCAGGGAAUUUGUAGAAACAGUGGAUUUUGAAGAUACAGUGACUCUAAAUCUUACUAGACUUGAUUGUAAUUUUAGUUUCUCUAUGCAGGUUCUAUAUAGUCUCUGUUUCGUUAUUGUAAAUAUUGAUGACGCAAAAUAACCGGUCCCAGUGUAAAUAAAUAUAUAACAAUCCCACAGACUGCAUAUUAACUUUCUCUUGUGCCACCAUGGCUAAAUCUGUAGUAUUUUGUAGGUUUGGUAUUGUUUUAAUGGUAUUUGGUGAGAUUGGUAAUUUUUCAGCGUACGGCUUUGCCCCAGCUUCUUUAGUCGCUCCGCUAGGAACUACAACUGUGAUAGGUAAGCAAGAAUUUAAUGAAAUAUUUGCGUAUACAGCGUAUCACAAGCAACCAACAUACUGUAUAUGUGCAUUAAUUAAUUUAUUUUGCACUUGCAAUUAUUGACCGUUUACACCAGGGCGCCUGGUUUACACUUGCAAUUUUUGCCGCGAUUUCUGGUGCGAUUUUAUUUUCUGCAUGAUGGAUGUGAAGAAUGAGUAGAUGAGUGUUACGAAUGUUCGGAGUACAUGUACCUUCAUCUGAACAUUCAUAACUCAUCCACUCGUUCACAUCUAUCAGAAGAAGAGAAUGACACCUACGAGAAUGGCAGCAAAAAUUGCAAGUGUGGCCGCGCCUUAAAGUCUUUGAGAGAUAUUGAAAAUUUUGAGCGUAUUUCAAUUUUGGAGGCCUCAUGCAGUGUUGCAGCCAAGCUAUUUUCUUCUGUUCAUACACCCAAUAAGAACGUCGUUUCUGCUGCACAUUACCCUAUAACUUUGUGUAAGUCGUUUUUGCUUUUACCUUUUAGCAAAUGCUAUUAUUGCGGUGGUUUUCUUGGGUGAAAAAAUUAGAGCUCAAGAUCUUUUUGGUAAGCUUUUCAUUUCUAUUAUUAUAAUCUGGAUUAUCUGGGUAUAUAACAAAAAGUUGUCAUAUCCAGAAUUAUGAAGGUGUAUUUAAUCAGCCACAACACUUACCGACAUUGUGAUAGUCAAAAACCAAAUUAAAUAAUCAUAUAUUAUUUUAGUUGAAUUUUAAAUAUUUAGCUGCCAUGCAUGGACUGCAUUAAUGUAAUGAAAUAUACGGCUGAUAGGUAAGCAUCAAUUUUACACUAUUAAUUUUUUACUUUUGAGGUAUUUCCAUGGCAGUUGUGGGUGCGUUUUUGUUAGUCACAUUUUCAUCCAAGGUAUGGUUUCCUUCUUUUUUACAGUUAAAGUAUCUUUCUUCCGUUUUCAUCAAAUCGUUCUGUAUAGACAGAAAUACUGCAUGCUACCCCACAAUCAUGCAUGUAUGCGAGAAAGGUCCUGAUUUUGGUCUGUUUGGUUCAUGUUUAACCUUUUUUAUUACUUAUUUGAUUUGCUUUACUCUCGACGUCAACCCUUUGUAAAUCUAUACGGAAUUUAUACAUUGUAGAUGACGCCUUAAAGCCCUUACUCUUGCGUUAUUAUAGUCUUGCAAGAAUACCAUGGCUCGAUUUUGCACUAUAAUCAUGUACUUAUUUAGUAUAUAAGCUGUAUAUUAUGCAUGUAUGACAGCAUGAGUGAAUUAACAGAGUGCAAUUCAAUUCGUCCAGGAUCUGUCUACAUUGGUUUGCUCAUGCACAAAUCUCUAAAAUAAUCACGAGUUGUUAGUCAACCUUAUACCUUCAAUACCAGGAACCGCGCUAUAUAACACAAUGAAAAAACUAUACAUUGUAAUUUUCUUUAUUUAGGAAGGAAGUGAACCAACAGCUAAACAAUUAGUGUCGUAUUUAAAACAGUGGUCGUUCAUUUUAUAUCUGGUGAGUAUAUCUAUUUAAAGCGGAGCUUUGAAGUUUGAACAUUAUUGAAUGCCUUUCAUAUGACGUCACAACGGACAAUAUGGGGGAUAAGAUGAAAUCUACUCUGCUUAUAGGACGAUGAAAAUCCAUCAAAACACAAAAUGGUAGAAUAGUAAAUUGUGUAUAGGCAUACUUGAAUGAUGGUGAUUUUAAUUUGCUUCUAUCCCUGAAGCAAUUUGACAUGCAUAUAUGUUUUAAUUCGCCUCCACUCUGACCGUUUAUAUAUGAGUAAUAUGACAUCACAUGCAGCAACUUUUUUCUUAUAUAAACUUGUGUACAUUAUUCCACAGUUAAUAAUUCUUCAUUUCUAUUUUUUUCCUUUAUCUUCCAGCUGCUUGAGAUUUUGUUGUUUUGUGGAUUGCUAUAUUUGCAAAAUCGUUAUCGUCUGGAAAAUGUGUUUAUAUAUCUCUUGCUGGUUGCUCUGUUAGGUGAGUGGCUAUAUACACCAUCUCGAAAGACUCAAAUUCUUACCGCUUGUUAAGUCAUCACAGUCAGUUGCGAGAUAAUUACUCCCAAAGCAUCAUAAUUCAUGAGAAAAUACAAAGUCAAAAGAAAUCAGCACAUGAUCGUUAUCUAGAUAUCUCGUAAUAAACGUCACUCCGCAAAAACGCCAACUUUAAUUUGCGUUGAAUUUCUCAAGUAUUAAUUCGUUUGGGAAGUUUUAUAGCACACUCGAAGUCGUUUACUAUGUUGAUACGCUGAAAAUGUGGAUAGGUUUUGAUUAGAUUUAUUAGUUUAAGUACAUUAGCCCAUAGGGAACUUCAUAGAAUAUUGUGGAUAAUAAUUUACUGUUAAUUUCAGGGAGUUACAGUAAUUUAACUCCAGUGGAGUUUAUAUUUUGAACCCAACUUUAGUCCACUUUUGGAGUAAGUUAAAUUUAGUUCAAAAUAACUCUACUGGGAGUUAAACUAUAACUGCCUGUAAAUAGCAGGGAAGCUAUAUAGAUAUUGUGGCCAUGCUGAACACACACUUUUUCUACAUUUUUAUAGGUUCAGUUACUGUUAUAUGUGCAAAAGGUGUUUCCUCUAUGAUCAAUCUUACUUUUGCUGGUAUGAAUCAAAUGGACCACGCUCUACCUUACAUCAUGUUUAUUUUAAUGGUUGUUACUGCUGUAGCACAAGUAAGGUGUGUAUUUUUUAAAUGUAACUGAAAGUGAUCAACAGUCGGUCAACAUUGCCCCCUAGUGUCUGUCAACUCCCCCUUAGUGUCCGUCAACAUUACCCCCCCCCCCCCCCAAUCAUCAGAAAGAAAAAGUAGCGACGAGGCAGUCGAACCUAGGUACGAGGCUGCUUUCGUUUUAUUCGAGAGCAUAGUUAUGCGACCAUUUUGUCAACACAGAUGUCGAUUGUACACAAAUGAGCCGAUAAAAGCUUUUUCAUCUUGAAAUUACGAACGUGAAAUUGCAUGUAUUGCCAUGCUUGAUUUCAAGCAAGUGACCAAGUCAGUCAUAUAUGUAAGUCCUUUCGUUAAUAAUCCCGCGGACACUAUAAAUGGUCACGCGGGUUUGUUCAUAUAGCAUAACGUUUUGUUUUCGCGAUUCCCGUAUAAGGGAUUUUCUGUGGAUUAAUUAAUAUAUCGACCCACUUUAAGCAGUGAAAUUUUCGGCCUAGCAACCUCUCCCCAGGCUUCUCAACUCAGCAUGGCAAGGAUUGUAGAAGCAAAAUGUAUAGGAACUUGGUUAGGAUAAUUCAGCCUUGAGCAACUCACUAUAUAAAUAAAGUUAAAAGUUAUUGAGAUCUAGUCUCUAAGUGCUUUUUUCAAACAAAUUCUUAUUUUAUCUUUAGGUUUCUAAACAUAGCGAUGAAACAUCACGAUGCUACAGUAGUGGUUCCUACAAACUUUGUGUUUUUUACAAUUAGUGCCAUUCUCUCUGGUACGUUAUAUCAAAAUUUCUUUACCUGUUGACAGUUGUUUAAUUCAUAUUAUUAUUUAUUUAAAUGAUUCAUGGUUGCUGAUUGGCUAACAGCCAACUGUGAAAUUGUCAUGUCAACUCAAUAGCUGACCAAAUAUUGAGUUUUGACAUAGUAUUCAACGGAGUGACAUCAUAACGUUGACAUGAAAAGUCGUAUUUAACAUUAUGACGUCAUAAUGUUGAUUAUGACGUCAUAAUGUUGAUAUAAAAAUCAUAUUCAACGUUAUGACAUGCUGUGAAAAAAGAACUGGUCUGUAUCUUUCUGCAAAUAGGAAAAAGAACUGGUCUGUAUUUUGAAGAAUUGAAACCACAGGGUGUGGAUGUCUUUUUCAUAUUUUAUGAUAAAACAAUGAUUCAACUCGGUUUUCGCCUGGUAAAAGAAUUAUCAAGCCCUCAGUUUGUGCAAAUUUUCCAUUUGCAAUUGUCUGUCUGCGUAUGGAUCUCCUUUCGUGUGUUUCUCCUCUUUCCCUUUUGCCCGUUUUGUGUUAUCAUUUUGAUAUUUAUAUCUUCUUUGGUUUGAUGAAUUUUGUUUUCUCGUUUGCAGGUAUUAUGUUUUACAGAGAAUUUUAUGGAUUAUCAUUUCUAGUUAUUUUCAUGUUCUGUUUUGGGUACGACACAGUCAUUUUCAUUGUUUUUUAACUCAUUAUAAAAAAUACAUGUCACGCAAACUAUAACCUGAAACUACUGCGUGCAUGUAUAGUAGUUAGUGAUCCAUAUAGUCUCCAAGACUGGAAAUAUCCAACCGACUGACCAUUCUCUAAUAUUCACUGCUCCUCAAAUAAUGAUAAAAUGUAUUAAAGCCUAAUUCAUGUGGGUGACUGCUGAAAACGUUCCAUAUUAAAUUAAUAUGUAAAUGAAUAAAUGUAGUCAUGGAUACAGCGACUACUGUUGAUGCUAACUUUUUACAGAGGUUGGUACAUCCUGCAUGGGGGGGGGGGGGGCUAUACGUCAGGAUAGCUUAUGGUUGUUGAAUGGAUACGUCAGGAUAACCUAUGGUUAUAGGAUUAUGAACCACGCGCAGGCUAAUGAAUCAUUCUAAGAAUAAACAUGAUUGUUCCAGGUGUUUCUUAUCAUUUGUUGGUGUAUAUUCAAUUACAAGUCAAAGACAUAUAGUUGACGACGUGGAUAAAACGAGUCAAAGUCACAAAGAUAUAAUGGCUGGUAAGAAUAUGUUCACAAAUACUGGGAUUGAAACUUACCGGCGUAAAAGUAAAUUUAAUGUUGUAGGACGUUACCCUUGGUUCCAGAGGCUCUUUGCGAGGCUAAAUCUUUGCGAGGCGAAAUAAACGAGAGGCGAGAAGGAAGAGCCUCUGGUCACAUCGGUUGUAAAUCCCACUUCCACACUUGAUUAGGUUCAGAAUUUGAAUCUCGCAUGUGAUUGGCCAUUUGUAAAAAUAUGUCAAACCGGUUUGGGAAAACAACAAGCUAAUUAUGUCUUUUAUAGCUAUAAUAGGCAAUUCCAGCUUUUAGUUUAUGCAUGCAGGGGACGAUGGGAAGUAAGGUAUCAUAUUGCUGAUUAUGCUGAAAAAAUAAAAACGGUGGCCGUGUAAACACGGAGUGAUAGCUUAUACUUGUAAAUAUUGAAAUAUUUCGGUUGUUUCGGUAGUUUUUAUUGAAAUUUUUCAUCAUAAUCGGCAAUAUGAUACCUUAAUCAUCCCCUGCACGCAUAAACUAAAAGCUGGAAUUUCCUAUUAGCUUACAGUAAUGUUGUUUUCCCAAACCGGUUUGACACUGACUCUUCCACAGUCCCUCGCUAUAUUUGACUUAGUACGGGAGAAUAUGCCCGUUCGCGGGUUAGGCGUUGACAGACACGUCGUAACCCAUUCCCAUCAUCCAACGCGAGCGACUGGGAACGAGUCAGGGUUUGACAUAUUUUUACAAAUGGCCAAUCACAUGCAAGAUUCAAAUUCUGAACCUAAUCAAGUGUGGAAGUGGGAUUUGCAACAAAUGUAGAGGCUCUUCCUUCUCGCCUCUCGUUUUUUUCGCCUCGCAGAACCAGAGCCUCUGCAACCAGGGUAGUAAGAUGUUGGUUGUUAAUAUAAUACCACAUGUAUAAGGAUUAUUUUCAUUGGGGUACAUACUUUCUGCGAAAUGCUCUAUAGCUGUAUUCGAAACACUCUAUAGAGAAUACUUUCUGACAAUACAGCCAUUAUAAUUCUUACAACUUUGUCAACAUUUUUAUAUUAAAUUUGUCUCUAUAUUGUCGCAAUUAACAAUUAGAUUACGAACUCGAUAUUUCUAUGAAGUGAUAGUUGAUAAGGGCGAAACUCGAAUCACCUAUCACCUCAUAGAAAUCGAGAGCGAGUAAUUUAAUUGUUUUAGUAGAAUCAGAGAUCAAACAUAAAAUAUUCCACAAAAUGUUUUAAAAAAGUGCGCGAGGAAAACGAUGUUCUGCUACUCACUAUCUAUCGAGAGCGAGUAGAGUAGCCAAUCAAGUUGCAGCAUUUGCAAUAGUAUACUAGUAUGAUUCUACUAAUUAACAUUAUAACAUGAAACGAUGCAAACCAAUUUGUAUCUCGCCAGUACAACAAUUGCCAGAUGCUCAAAUCGGCUGUACCAUUGGUAAUCUUGCUUAUAUAUAACAUUUCUAAUUAUAAAUUUAUAAAUCUUACCUGUUUUCCUUACAGGCUUUUUGUCCACAUCGACAUCAAAAUUGUUCAGAGUGCAGCCAAUUUCACCCACCUCGUCAGGUAGUCAGGCAGGAAAAUCUUCAAGUGAAACAAUUCCAUUAAAAGCGAAAUAGCGAAAUGUGAUUAUAUGCCAAAAUUGAAUCAAAUAAGAAUUGUUUAUCUUCAUGCUUCUCUGCUGACUCGGCAAUCUCGUAUCCCUAGUCCAGGAGGAUCUCGGGCUCCGGCUACGAAAUAGCUGACUCGCAGAGGUUGACUCGGUUGUACCGGACUAGUCCCUAGUCCUCUGUGCACACCUUUAAUUUUCUCGUGACGUCACCGAAUGAAAUGCUGCAUAUUAAUGAGAACGCGUACUAAGAGGCCUUGGAGCACCCUGUGUAUCCCUGUGCACUGGCUAGGGAUAACGUGAAUAAUUAAUUAACUUGAAAUUUAUAUGGUAUCUGAGAUAGGAAAAUUUUAAGCAGAAGAUGAAAAGGUAUAAAUACAUGAUUUGAGAGCGGAAAGUGUUGCAAUAACAAUAUUUGAAACUGUGGUGUUUUAACAGUUUGUAUAUCGAUUUCAAGGUAUUCGGUUUGUUUGAUGAUAUGUAAAUGUUUAGAUGCAGAUAAAGUGAUUAAUACCAUAUAUUUAAUAUAAAUUAUUUAAUUGAUUAAAAAUAUAAUUAAUUAUAUUCGUCGCAGAUUAUUCAUUUACAUGAAUAUAUGCAAUUAGCCUUUCUCACGCGGGCCAAUUUCCUUCGUUUGUGGGCUGUCUUCCCUCGUCAAAGAAUCUAGGCACUCCAAACAAUCGGGCUUCGGUGGUGUCGUCAGAGGAACGCCUUUUACCUCUUCGAUUCUCGCUGUGGACUCAUUUGAAAAGAGUCAGUCAACGCUCUGCCGAAAGUCGUGGGUUUCCCCCGGUUUCCUCCCACAGGGAAAGUUGACAGGGUGGGUUAGGUAAAACACAGUUAAGAAAGUAAUAUCACAAUUGUUGUAAAGAUAAAAUAGUCUAGGCUAAGUAUGUAAUUAAGUAAGCGUAAUACUUGAUGUAAAGCGCAUUUUAUCCUAUCCACAUGUAAAUUUGCGCUAUAGAAAUGUAACUCGUCAUCGUAAUAAGCGACUUUUCAAAGUUGUAACUGGCUGUAAAUUUACCAUUAUACACACAACGACAUUGAUAAAAAGUCGACGCAUUUUGUGGCGCGUACAAUCUCAGAAUUGGGACUUGGGAGAGGCAGUACCCCCAAAAUGGCGAAUAAGCCCAGUGUGAGAAAAGAUAAUUGUAUCCGUUUUCUCCAUAAUGAACCUAACUGAAGUUAUAAUUUAUUUAGUUUGUGUAGUUAGCUUAUUUAUAAAUACAAAUUUCGUAGAAUAUGUUAGAGACUAAAAAAUGGAGUUCUGAAAAUAUCUUGUUAUACUUGUAAUAUAUAAUCUAUUAUAGUACAUGUACAUGCUGUAUAGUUUAAAAAUUAUAUAAUAUAAGUACAUGCUGUAAUAAAAAUAUGCUUGACGUAUUUAUUUACAGAACUGUAGAUUAUAGAAAUUAAUGUAAUGUAAUGUAAUGUAAUGUCGAUGACACGAUGUAUCUUUAAGAAGGGAUAAAUACCUUUACGCGGCAUAGUACAAAACAUGGACUGGACUGGACAGUUGGACUGGACUGGACAGUUGGACUGGACUGAU